AUGACCUGCGAAGCCUGCCGCACCAUCCCGCCUGUUAUCUCCGAGGGCUACGUCCCGAAGGGAGUCUCGUCUGUUAUCGGGGAUCUGGGAUUCAACACUUACGUGACCGGCCCUCCCACCGCCACAACCGCCAUCCUAGCAAUCUACGACAUCUUCGGCAACUCACCCCAAACCACACAAGGCGCCGACCUCCUUGCAGCCCGCCUUAAUGCCCUUGUUCUAAUCCCUGACUUCUUCGACGGCGAUGGCGCAAAGCACGAGUGGGUUCCGCCAGACACGGACGAAAAGAUGGCCGCGCUGAUGGGCUUCGUGAACACCAAGGCGUCUUUUGCCGAGGCUGUGAAGAGCGUCCCCGGUCUCGUGGAGGCGUAUAAAGCGUCUUUCCCGUCUGUUCAGAAAUGGGGCGCUUAUGGGCUUUGUUGGGGCGGUAAAGUGCUGGCUUUAUCCUCGGGGGCGGGGACCCCGUUUGCGGGGACGGCGCAGGUUCAUCCUGGUCGGAUGGACAAGGCGGAUGCGCAGACGUUGACGAUCCCGCAUGCGAUCCUUGCGUCGAAGGAUGAACCCGCGGAGGAAGUGGAGGCGUAUGAUCGGGUCAUCAAGGAAAAGGGUUUGGGGGGCUUUGUUGAAACAUAUGCGGAGAUGUGGCAUGGGUGGAUGGGGGCAAGGGCUGAUUUGCAGAAAGAGGGGAGUUUGAAGGAAUAUGUACGCGGAUAUGAGCAGCUGGCCGGGUUUUUUGAGAAAUACCUCUCAUGA